AAGCACAGGUGCAGCCCAGGCAGUCAACUCCCAGAGAUCUAAAGGCUAGAGACACAGAUACACAGGUAUAAAAGAACCACAGACUAAACCCAGAGUCUAAUACAGAGACCAAGACAUGAUGAAGCUGCUACUGCUGGCCUUGGCUUUGGGGUGUGCAGCGGCUGUUCCAGUGGAGGAGAAUGGAGCGUUGUUGCAGGAAGUUUGCCAACCCCACUCCAGACCCUGGCAGGUCUACCUGUGGAACACUAAGGGGGGCUGGUAUGGGGAGGAAAGGUGUAGUGGUGCCCUCAUCAACGAGUGGUGGGUGCUUACUGCCUGGAACUGCUUUGUCGAACCUGGCCACACUAUGGUUUCUCUGGGGAGCAUGAUGUGACAGUGGAGGAAGGGACAGAGCAACACCUCCGGGUGGCCAGAUAUGUGCAGCACGGGCCAUACGCACGAGGCCCCUCUCAUAGCCUGGCAAUGGUGAAGCUGGCAGAGCCUGCCCGGUUCACUCAGCAUGUCAUGCCCGUAGCCCUACCCACACGCUGCACUCAGCUCCACGAGAAGUGUCUGGUCAGCGGCUGGGGCUCCACCGUAUCGGGACAGGACGAGCCCAAUCUAAUCCUGAAGUGUGAAACACAGCGGGUCAUUGAUGACAAGAUGUGCCAGACAGCCUUUCCCCUUUAUUGGAUUGAAAAUGCAUUCUGUGCUAAAACCAUCAUCUCAACAGACAACUGCCUGUCUGACCAGGGCAGUACUGUGGUGUGUGGGGGUGAGCUUCAGGGGUUGUUCUGGUCCAGUUCUUCUGACGUUGGUUUGUACACCCACCUGUGCCUGUACCUUGACUGGAUCAGUAACAUCGUGAACACCCCUGAUCCUACACCUGAACCUGCGUGGACCACCCCAGCAGCAGCUACAACAUGGUGAUUGAAAAUAAAAACAAUAAAGUGAUAUGUACUGAAA